AUGGACGAGAUGCUGAUGGAGUACUGCGCCUCCGUACAUCGGUCCAACGCUCUGGCGUUCGCGCUGCCCACAGACAUGGCGGAGGAGCAGUCGCCGGGCCCCUUCAUCACCAUCGACUUCGGCGCCGGCGGGCUCGCCGCGGCUGGCGCACAGCUGGACCAGGGGACCCGCAGGUUGGUCGCUGUGGCGGAGGGCAGCGCGGCCAUGGGCUCCGGGGUGGCCGUCGGGGACGAGCUGCAGGUGCUGAACGGCAGGAGCGCCGGGCUGCUGUCCGCGACGUCCCUCGGGGAGCUGAUCAAGGACGCGGGAACCGCCUCGUUCCGGCGCGCGGCCUGGGUCGAGCGGCUCGGCGGCGGCGGUGGGGCCUCGGGCUCCAGCGCGCCGCUGGCGGACCAAGGCCCCAGGCACAUCGUCGUUUGCUGCCGGUGCGCUGCGCAGAACGGACUCGCCGCGCCCACGGAGUUCUUCCAGUGCUUCUCCUGCCAGGCCACGGUGCUCCCGUGGCGGCUGCUGGUGGCGGUGCGGCCGGGCGGCGGCGGGAGGGCGCCCAGCGGCGCUUCGCGGAGAGCAUGCCGCUGUCUGCGGCGCGGGGAGCGCGGGCGGCUGCCGUGGGAGGAGGCGCGG